AUGGCUCACCAGACCUUGCAGCUGCCACGUAGCGCUUUCGCCCCCCUGCUUCCACCUUAUCUUGCCUGCCCCCGGCCGCGCCCUCGGAAUAGACUCACGGAUGCUGAACGUGAACAGCGCCGCCGCAAGUUAGGGCUACCCUGUGCGCUCGACCAGUGGCUCCACAAGUCGCUUCCCGUAGCUUCCAAUCCAUCUAGCGAAGAAUCUGAAGGCAUAAUAAGCACAGGGUUAUGGUUUCAGGAUCACGUUGAAUGCACAGGGCUCGUUGAGGAACCGUUUCAAGACCCUCCUACCUACACCCUCUACAUGAACAUUCGCCUUCCUCCAUCUUCAGGCUUUCUUAUCUACUACUGGACAAGCCCCCACGUUAUCCUCGAUACCUACAUAGGCGAGAAUACUGACCUCGAGGCCCCUGACUGGGUCAAUUUAAUCAGCUCCCCCCGCGCAUUCUGGCAGCCACGUUCACACAUGAUCGAGGUUGUUGCGGAGCUUUCGACCACACCAAAUAAUGAAAAACUGUCAGCGAAGAUUCUAGCUUGGUCAACAGCAGUGUCGCGAUCUUCGCGCUUGCAGGAUCGCCGUGGACACCUGCAGCGCGACAAACUCGCAAUGGCAGCAAGAAAUCAAUUGGAAGAUGAACCAACCUCCCUAUCUAACAUUACACAGACAAUGAAUGAAGGUCCUUCUACACCACCCCAACCAGCCAGGUCUUUGCCUGCCACUCCUACUCGACCAUUUUCCGUAGGACAACCCCCGGGAACCCCCAUCAGUGCCCGUCGCACAGCUUCUCUCUGUGCUCAGGAAGAACGUGCACGAAAUUUACAGAUUGACAUGCUUUCGGAGCUGAACGAAGUCCCGGAAGUGCUGAUGGACGAUGACUGGGAGGAGCCGCUGCUUGAUGACGAUGACGCAGCACAAGAGUCAACAGCCUCCAUCACUCCUUUCUCGCGAGUCUCGGCGACAUCCAAUCUGUCUCCAGUCUCCAGCACACCAAACCCCAUUAAUUAUACAUCCGAGGGGCCCAGCAACUUAGCCGUCCCAAUUGCAGAUGGUGUUCCAGAACACAAGCAUGCGGAGAAUGACCCGGAUCCAUUCUUCAAACUGGGGGCCACUGAUAAUCCCCUUCCUGCCGCCCCUACCACUGUUCACCUGCAUCACGGCAUUUACCUUCUGUACGUGCUGGUGGCUUGGCUCCAUCUCCAGUUCCAUCUUCCCGUUCGAGCAUGCUCCGCUCUCAUCAGUGUGGUUGCGCUGAUCAUCCAGGCUUUUGGCCAGACGAUAAACCCGCCACCCAUCACAACUCUUCAUCGAGUCAUGAACCGGCUAGAUGUGGAACCUACCUUUGACAUUUUACCCACCUGCCCCAACUGUCUCGAAGUAUACCCUGACAUGGAGGACACCCCAACCAUCUGUGCCAAUUGCAGUUCAUUUAUUUUCAAGGCUGCUAAUCCUCGCUUGGCUAUGAAUUCUCAGGCGCCAGUUUCAACCACACGUACACCUCUUCUGCGCUUUCCAUACAAGAGUAUACAAUCCCAGCUAGCUAGUAUCCUUUCACUUCCAGGAAUUGAAGAGGAGCUCGAUGGCUGGCGCAAACGUCAACGCACGCCGGGAAAGUAUUUCGAUGUGUUUGAUGGUGAUAUCCCCAAGAACAUCAAGGCUCAUGACGGCACUCGUUUCUUUCGCAACGACCAUGGGGAUUUAAAUGGUCCCGAAGGAGAGCUUCGAAUUGCACUCACGCUUGGUGUGGACUGGUUUUCUUAUCUUCGAAGUCAAAUUGCGCCUUCGCAUACGUCAGGUCCCAUUUCUUUCAACAUUGCUAAUCUCCGUGAUCAUUUGCGGUAUCGCACGGCAAACUUGCUCCUCGGUGGCAUAAUGCCUGGACCAAAGGAAGGUAACCCUGAUCAAUGCCAACGGUUUCUGCGUAUCAUCGUCAAUGAGCUCCUCUGCUUGUGGCGUCAUGGUGUCCGUCUACCAACACCAUCUUGUCCCGAGGGACGUUUGAUACGCGUUAUACUUAUCUGGAUUUGUUGUGAUAAGCCUGCAGCUCAUAAAAUGGGUGGAUUUGGUUCACACUCACAUACAAUGUUUUGCACUCGAUGCUGGAUCAAACAGGCUGACAAGGCUUCCUCUGCAUCAUUUCAAAAGAAUGGGUUUCGAACGCGCACUGAUGCCGAGCACCGCAAGGCUGGUGAAAAGUAUGCCCACCUCAAAUCUGCAAGUGCUCGUGAAGAUUUCGUUAAGCAAUAUGCUGCACGAUGGUCCGAGUUCGCACGCCUGCCUUAUUUUGAUCUUGUGCGUAUGAUUGUUAUUGAUCCUAUGCAUAACCUCCUACUUGGUCUCGUCAAAACCCACUUCUACCAUAUCUGGGUCCAAGGCAAAAUUUUACGCAAAACUAAAGAACUUCGGGCUCUACAUAACAUUCUAAGUAAUUUCAGCAUGCCGGCUUACCUUGGACGGCUACAAUCGCUUGUCGGAAUCCCCACUGGUGGAUCACUGACUGCUGACCAGUGGCUUUUGAUGGCUGUAGUAGUUGGGCCUAUUGCGAUUCCUCAAAUAUGGCAUGACUACAUGCCUGACCCAGUAGCUGCGAGAAGGCAACGUGACACAGCAAAUAAAGCACACAUCGACAAGAAGGUACGCGCUGCCGAGACAAGGAAACAGAAAGCUGCAGCAAAGAAGUCUAUGACUGAACAGAGGCAAGCACAGGACAACACACGAAAUUCACAACCAGAGCAAACAUUGUCUACAACCCUAGAUAAUACAAGUACUACAAAUCAUGCGGCCAUGAAGCGUUCACGCCGACCUCCUGAUGAAGAUGUUGACUCUCAGGAUGAAGACGAAGACCUUCCAUCAUGUCUUCACCCUGACGAUCCUGCUAACUUUCUCAAGCUAGGUCAAGCCCUUCGCCUCUUCCUGGCACGAGAAAUAAGUGAUGCCCAGAUUGACGUGGCUGAUGGGCUAUUGCGAGAGUACUGCCAGGAGCUUGUCGUGCUCUACGGACCAGAUGUAAUCAAGCCUAAUCAUCAUUAUGCAACCCACACCUCUGAAUGUCUUCGCGACUUUGGCCCAAUGCAUGGAUUUUGGACGUUUUUAUUCGAACGUCUAAACAAAGUCCUAAAAAGCUACAAGACCAACAAUCAUGGUGGCGGGGAACUUGAAACAACAUUCUUUCGAGAGUUUCAUCGUACUGUGGCCACGUCACAUAUGGUUGCUCAAGCUGCACGUAGCGAUCAACCAGAAUACUUUCAAGCAGCAGUUCAGCACAUGUUUGAUGCAACAGCGGAUGAUCGAGGUACCGUCCAGGCCCUUGCUCGUGAUCUUGAGGAACAUCACAAGGAUGAUGGCGUAAUUUUCUCGCUAAGUCCUCGCUUCGAGAGGAGAGAGAUGGACAGCGGUCUUUAUGCCGCCGUUUUAAGACAUGUUUCCAUUCUUUUUCCGCAUCUCAAGCUACGGUCGUUGAUCGUGACCAACCCUACCUCCGACUCAAUACCCUUGAUGAAAGAAGCAUUCUUCUUUGACUAUGCUGUUGUGAAUCAAUGUCGCUACUUGGCCUCCAAGCGUGCGAGGAACUCGAUGAACUCCUUGGUCAAAGUUUUCAUUUCAGAAGCAGGGGAAACCUGGGACAUUUUCGUUGGUUUCGUCCACUUCGAAUGGAUUUGA